GGCGCUUAUGAUGCGCUGAAAGGUUGUCCGCUGCUCGGCGCUUCUACACAACUGUUUAACGUCUAAAUUCGGCUUCAGGAGCUUACUUUGUACUCUCUGCUGACUGGAAAAGCCACGGCGACGGUUCAGUGUGUGGAGUCUGCCCCCUGUUACUGUAAGGAAGCCUGGAUUUUGGUUGCCGAAGUUAUCAGACGAGCACCGAUGUAGCAGUGUUGCGACAGUACGUCGCGCUCUCUCUCUACCUCCGGUCCCCAGUGCCUCACUGCAUGACCUCAGACAACUGAUAGACCCACGAGGGGAAACUGCCCCUUCCUCACCCAAGCUCCCAUCCUCUGGACUCCUGACGGUUACACUUGGUCUCCACAACCCCAAAACGUCCUCUUCUCACCUUUAACUCCUCUCCAGCAGAAGGAGCAGCAGAAAUUUUCCCACACAGGAGUUGAACACCUCCACUUGGGCCAGUGGAGGUGUUAUCCCCACCUCCCCCCAUUUACCCCCUUGAAUCUUUUAAGAUUUUUUUUUUUCUUCUGGUUGGCUUGAGUCCGGUUCUGCCGGCCGUGUGACUUUUCAAAACUGGGGCGCGAUUCAUGGGAUGCAACCAUGUCGGAUCUCAGUGAGCGCAGGCCGGUCAACACGGACUACGCUGUCUCCCUGCUGGAGCAGCUCAAGUUCUUUUAUGAACAGAAAUUACUGACUGAUGUUGUGCUGCUGGUGGAGGACACAGAGUUCCCGUGUCACAAGAUGGUCCUGGCCACGUGUAGCUCCUAUUUCAGGGCGAUGUUCAUGAGUGGCCUCAGUGAGAGCAAACAGACCCACGUCCACCUGAGGAACGUGGACCCGGCCACCUUGCAGAUUAUCAUCACCUACGCCUACACGGGGAACCUGGCCAUCAACGAUAGCACUGUGGAGCCGCUCUACGAGACCGCCUGCUUCCUGCAGGUGGAGGACGUCUUGCUGCAGUGCAGAGACUAUCUGGUGAAGAAAAUAAACGCAGAGAACUGCGUCCGCAUGCUCAGCAUCGGCGACCUGUUCAGCUGUAGUGAGCUAAAGCAGAGCGCCAAGCGCAUGGUGGAACACAAGUUCCCCAUGGUGUACCGACAGGAGGCCUUCCUUCAACUCUCCCACGAGCUGUUGAUAGACGUCCUCAGCAGCGACAACCUCAACGUGGAGAAGGAGGAGACGGUGCGUGAGGCGGCCAUGCUGUGGUUGGAGUAUAACAUGGAGGCACGUUCACAGCACCUGUCCUCCGUGCUCAGCCAGAUCCGCAUCGACGCCUUGUCAGAGGUGACACAGCGUGCCUGGUUCCAAGGUCUGCCCCCUAAUGACAAGUCUGUGGUGGUGCAGGGCCUUUAUAAGUCCAUGCCUAAGUUCUUCAAGCCCCGGUUAGGCAUGACCAAGGAGGAGAUGCUAAUUUUCAUGGAGGCCAUGUCCGAAACGCAAGGUGAGGGCUAUGUCAUGUCUGGGUCUUUGCCUACUACCGUAGUGUGUUACAGUCCGCAAGCAGAGAAAGUCUACAAGCUCAGCAACCCCCCAGGAGACCUGCAGAAGGUCGGGACCCUCGUUACGCCCGACAACGAUGUGUUCAUCGCCGGUGGACAAAUCCCGCUCAAAAACUCUAUCACCAACCACGGCAAGAGUGGCAAGUUACAGGCGGUCUUCCGCUCGGUCGAUAGCUUCUUCUGGUUUGACGCCCAGCAGAACGCUUGGGUACCCAAAACCCCCAUGCUGUGUGCGCGAAUCAAGCCCUCGCUGGUCUAUUGCGAGGGCUACAUCUAUGCAAUUGGGGGAGAUAACGUUGGAGGAGAGCUGAACAAGCGCACGGUGGAGCGCUACGACUGCGAGAAGGAUGAGUGGAGCAUGAUGAGCCCCCUGCCCUUCGCCUGGAACUGGAGCACAUCUGUGGUGGCGCACGACUGCAUCUACGUGAUGACCCACGACCUGAUGUACUGCUACUUCCCCCGAGCCGACACCUGGGUGGAGAUGGCUAUGCGCAAGACCAGCCGCUGUUUCGCCUCUGCAGCUGCCUUCGGUGACCUCAUUUUCUACAUCGGCGGCCUCCACGUGGUCAGCAACUCUGGCAUCCGCCUGCCAACGAGCACCAUCGACGGCUCAUCCGUCACCGUGGAGAUCUACGAUGUCAACAAGAACGAGUGGCGCCUGGCCGCCAACAUCCCCGCCAAGCGUUACUCGGACCCAUGCGUGCGGGCAGUGGUGCUGCUCAACUCUUUGUGCAUUUUCAUGCGUGAAACUCACAUGAACGAGCGCGCCAAGUACGCUAUCUAUCAGUACGACGUGGAGCUGGACCGCUGGUACCUGCGGCAGCCCGUGUCCGAACGCGUACUCUGGGAUCUGGGCAAGGACUUCCGCUGUGCGGUGGGGAAGCUGUACCCCUCCUGCCUGGAGGAGUCCCCCUGGAAACCCCCAACCUACCUCUUCUCCCCCGACGGAGCCGAGGAGUUCGAGGUGGACGGGGAGCUGGUGACCCUCCCUCACGUAUAGCUCUUGACCUCCCCUCCCCUACCUCGCUGACUGAACCAGGAAUCUGUAUCGCUGAGGGAUGGACAUGAAGGAGGGGCAGACGUGUUCUCUGAGAUAUGAAAGGAUCUGACGUUAUCUGUGUCGUGGAGGGAUCUCUGGACUUUGGAGGCUUGCGUUAGCUUCAGCUGCAGCUGGUGAAUGAUGCGGCCCAAAACAACAAGCUUGGAUUGAAAAAGAUGCCCCUGAAAAGUUCUAGUAAUCUGAAAAUUUUCUUUUUUUUUUUCUCCUUCUUAUUUUGUCAGUUGUGACAUCUGUUAGAUAUUAUUACAAGUCUGUCAUACUGUUUCUACAAUGUGAUAAUCUAAACGUCAACUGAUUUUGUGAUGAUGGGGAUGAUGAUGCACUUAACUGGUUAAACCUUCUCGGAAUGACAAUGGCAACUGUACCAAAAUCCCCCAGCCCCCCCUCCGACCGUGGCUUCCCUCUUUUCCCCUCCUCUCCUCUUUUUCUCUUUUUUCCUCUCCACUGAUAAAGAUAAAGGAAAACUCUGUGGAAAAUCUGUGCUUAGAUCAUCAAAUGCUCACUUUCUGAAAAGUUUUUAGCUUGCUCCUCCUCCUGGAGCAGUCAGCAGCUGUAGUCACCUUGGAUUCACUGAGGUUGGUUGAAUGGAUUCCUUAGUCACUAAAAAUUUUUUUAAAAAUUUGAUUCAUUAAUCAAUAAUGAAAAUGGUAGUGGCACUAAAAAUGUAUGAAAAUAUCCAAGUCACAAGUUCCCAGAGCUUAAAGUGAAGUUUUCAAACUGCUCCUUUAGGUUGAACAACACUCCAAAACCCAGAAAGUGUUCAGUUUACAAUCAUGUAAAACAGAGACACAGUGAGUCCUUACAUUUUAUGAGGAAUAUUUGGCUUUUCUUGCUUUAGAAAUGACUUAAAUGUGGAGCUGAGACACAUUUCCGAAAUACAAUAACAAAUGAGCAACACUUUUGACAAUUGAUUUGUCAUUUAAGUCGUUUUUAAAGCAGUCAAAUCAUGAUUUGCUGAUUUUCUCUGUUUUUAUAUAAUUGAAAUUGAAUAUUUCUGAGUUUGCUGAUUGUUGUCUGCAGCUGUAUUUGCAUGAAAAAUUCAUUUGAUUUCAUUUGCUUUAUCUUUUCAGGACUCUUUCUGACAUGUUGUUGCUCUGUUUCAUUUCUGGGAAUCCGACAGCUACAGUUGCCGCCCUCCACAAAAGAGUAAAAUACAAACUUUUCAGAACCACCUUUAAAGCCCACGGGGGCAAGUAUUUGAUGCUCAGACAGAUUUUUGCUCGGAGCGUUCCCUGAGAACAGGAUCCAUCUGUUUCCUCAGAAGGCCCUGCAGAGCAGAGGAACAGGGGCCGUGGGUUUUACGGAGCGGGUUGAGAGGGCUGACGGGGAAACAAGUGAGAGGCGGAGAGGGGUUUAAAAGAGGGCGACUGCAGGUCCGGCCGCCCAUCACCUCUCCUCCCUCACCGCUCCGCCCUCCACCCUGACUCCUCUAUAGCGCCUCCACAGCCUGUCUGUCAGUCUGUUUGCACACAGGUCUUCCACACACAGCAAGCAGUUUACACCUCACUCUAUCCAUCGUCACAUGAUCAUGAUACUUUUGGGGUUUUUUUCCACGAGCGUCUCUGCAAAUACACACAACUCCACUUUCAGUAAAAGCAUAGGUUUCGGGCUCAUGCAUUUUUUUUUUUAUUUCCAAGCUGCUGAAAUAUAUAUAUAAUAAAAUAUAUAUUUUUCAUAUGUUGAAAAGACAACUGUUUUAGUGUGGGGGAAAAUAACCAGGUCUAUUUUGUAUUAGUGUCUUUUUUAAUUUAAUAUCAGACAUUACUGUAGUGUGAUUGUGGGUAGAUAUCCAUUUUCCUAUCAGAUUUAAUUUUUCUGAGUGAAUAUUGAGGAUUCUUGCUGCUGAUUGGUUGUGAGAGGAGAGGGCUGGCCCAGAGCUGUUGCUAUGGAAAUCGUCCCGGCAACCACUAGCAGUAGUGGAGGGGGGCGGGUUGGGAAGGGAAGGGGUCUUCCUCCUACCUUAAAAACAUGAGCACAGGUGCUUCAUGACAAACCCUUACUAGCAUGUUUGGCUGCAUCAUAUUCCUUUGGCACUGUAUUUUGAAUGAACGUUAAUUUAUUAAAAAACAUACCAAAAACGUU